ACCUAGGCGUCGACGAGGAAUACCUGACCCGCCUGUUCAAGACGACUUUCGGGCCGGGGCCUAUAGACAACUUCCAGAGAUCCCUGGCCUGGCAGUGCUACCGAGAAGCGCUACCCGUUUGGGAUAAGCUGUACUGAAAUAGCAGAUGUAAGUCUGGGUACUUUUUUUUUUUUAUCUGGUCUUUAAAACUGUCAGAUAAGCUAUGGAGGAACAAGCCACUUACCCAGAAAGCAUAAAUACAUAGAAAUACCUUUAAUUGCAAUAGAAUGCUAGCUAAAGGGAGAUAACAAGCCUUAGUAUCAGAUAUGAAAAAUGCGCAUGCGCAAUACACGUACCUCUGUCUCUUGACAUCGGAUUAAAAAUGUCCGUUGUAUGAAUUUCUCUUCAUCGUCUUUUUAUACGUUUCUCAACCAACACUCAAGCUCUUUAUAGUAACGCUGUCCAUAUCACGCAUUCACAAUAUCAAAUGACAUUGGGAUAAGUGAAGAUACAUUCUUAAUAUUUGUCAUCUUAUAAAGACUAAAAGAAAAUUUUAUACAGAGCAAAUAUAUAAAACUAUUUCUUUAAAUCUAUGGUAGAUACUAUAGGAAAUAUUUGCUCUGAUCUGAGAUUAUUAGCAAAAAUUCUGAACAUCACUGACUGGACUGUCUACAAAGAGUUUGUGUACUGAGUAAAAUUUGGAUACAUUUACAUAUAAGUGUUGUUAGAGAAAAGUAACAGUGGACAGAAAUGAAGCACUGGAAGUUAUUAUAAGAAUAAACUAUAUGAACAAAAACAAAAAAUAUAUAUAUACAUUGUGAUUUGAGAAGAAACAUCAUGGAAAAGAGUGAGAAAAUUAUAGAAUUGAUUUCCCAUCCCCAUGGAAACAUGACAGAGAGACAAAAUUUGUCAUAUAAUUGUGAUGUCUGUAAAAAGUCCUUCUCUCAAAAAAGUAACCUAACUGAACACAAAUUUAUUCAUACAAGAGAAAAGCUAUAUCACUGUGAUAUCUGUGGUAAGUCUUUCACUCGCAGUAUUGACAUAACCAGACAUAAACGUAUUCAUACAGGAGAGAUGCCAUAUUGUUGUGACAUCUGUAAUAAGUCCUUUUCUCAAAAAAGUAACCUGAAUACUCACAUACGUAGUCAUACAGGGGAGAAGCCAUACAUCUGUGAUAUCUGUGGUCAGUCAUUCUCUCAAAGUUGUAAAUUAACUUCACACAGACUUACUCAUACAGGAGAGAAGCCACAUCACUGUGAUAUCUGUGAUAAAUCAUUCUCUCAAAGUAGUAGCUUAACUAGACACAAAUAUAUUCAUAUGGGAAAGACACCCCAUCACUGUGAUAUCUGUAAUAAAUCAUUCUCUCAAAGUAGUCACUUAACUAAACACAAAUGUGUUCAUUCAGGAGAGAAGCCAUUUUAUUGUGAUGUUUGUGGUAAAUCAUACACUGUAAGCAGUACUUUAGCUGCACACAAACGUAUUCAUACAGGGGAGAAGCCAUAUCACUGUGAUAUCUGUAGCAGGUCAUUCACUGAAAGUAGUUCUUUAACAGCACACAAACGUCUGCAUUCUGGAGAGAAACCGUAUCACUGUGAUAUCUGUGGUAAAUCGUUCACUGUAAGUAGUAGAUUAACUGAACACAAGCGUACUCAUACAGGAGUGAAACCAUAUCAUUGUGAUAUCUGUGGUAAAUCAUUCUCUAAGAGUAGUAACUUAACUCCGCACAAACGUAUUCAUACAGGAGAGAAGCCAUAUCAUUGUGAUACUUGUGGUAGAUUAUUCAGUGAAAGUAGUGCUUUAACAACACACAAACGUCUUCAUUCAGGAGAGAAACCAUAUCAUUGUGAUAUCUGUGGUAAAUCAUUCUCUGACAGUAGCAACUUAACUACACACAAACUUAUUCACACUGCAGAGAUGCCGUAUCACUGUGAUAUCUGUGGUAAAUCAUUCCCGAAAAGAUAUUACUUAACUACACACAAACGUAUUCAUACAGGUGAGAGGCCAUAUCACUGUGAUAUCUGUGGUAAAUCAUUCCAUAAAAGGCAUCAGUUAACUAAACACAAACGUAUUCAUACAGGAGAGAAGCUAUAUCAUUGUGGUACUUGUGGUAAGUCAUUCAUGGAAAAUAGUGCUUUAACUACACACAAACGUCUUCAUUCAGGAGAGAGGCCAUAUUAUUGUGAUAUCUGUGGUAAAUCAUUCUCUCAAAAUGGUAACUUAACUAUACACAAACGUAUUCAUACAGGAGAGACACCAUAUCAUUGUGAUAUUUGUGGUAAAUCAUUCACUGUAAGUUGUUCUUUAACUAGACACAAACGUAUUCACAUGAGGGAGACCAUUUCACUGUGAUGUUGGUACUAAAUCAUUCUUGAUGGUAGUACUUUGACUUUGCACAAACAUAUGCAAAAGAGAAGUCCUUGCACUGGUAAAUCAUCACAGAAAGUAGUAAAUUAGCUGCACCCAGACAUAUUUAUACAGGAGAGAUAGGAAAGGGGGAGUUUGUUUUAGUGUAAGCAUUUGUUUUCUUUUCAAUAUUCCCAUGUUUCAUGUGAUGGAUGUUACAACUUUGAAAAUAAAAUAUUUCCAAAAGUUUCA